ACGCCACGAAGCUCCAAAGGCGGUUGCUUCAAUGACUAACACGUACUCCAGCCAUUCCCUCCACGUGUCCUCCACCGCUGAACAGAACACCUCUUCUUCCCAUUUCACUCAGCUGGGCUCUUAUUCAUUGACGCUGCUGUUUUGUUGAGGUAAAGUCGAGUUGUUUGCGGUGUUUUAUCCAAGGGGCCGGGCCGGUGUGAAGAAUGAGUGCGACUAAUUUGGAGGUUCGCUGUACAUUGGGGGAUGAAAUCCGGAGCUUGGAUCAUGGGUAUGGUGGACUUUUUGAUCUGGGUCAUCCUCUCCUUAACCGUAUUGCUGAUAGUUUCGUCAAAGCUGCAGGGAUUGGUGCUGUUCAAGCCGUAGCUCGUGAGGCUUACUUCACGGCUGUUGAAGGUGCAAGUCGAGAUACCCCGCCGGAGAUUGGUGGUGCUAAGAAUCAUCAUGCAUUUCCGUCAGUCCUUAAAGGGGGAAACAACAAAAGCUCCGUGGAGGCCUUGAUAAAAAACACUGGAAAAGAAUCUAUGCAAUGGGGGUUUGCUGCAGGUGUGUAUUCUGGUCUUACCUAUGGGCUAAGAGAGGCUCGAGGAGUUCAUGAUUGGAGAAAUAGCGCUUUGGCUGGAGCCAUCACUGGAGCAGCAUUGGCUAUGACCACAAAAGAUCAUUCUCAUGAUCACGUGAUCCAGUGUGCUAUAACUGGAGCAGCUAUCUCCACAGCAGCAAAUCUCCUCACCGGAAUAUUUUAAGGCUCUUUACCUAUUUAGGCUGUGUGUUCUGCCAGGAUGAUUCAUCAUUUUGGCUGUGUUUCUUUGCUCGGCAUUUGUGGCUCUAGUUGUCGAGGCAAAUUUGUCUUUAGAUUUUGAACUUUUUCAAGCUAGACAUUCUUAUAACUUAUAGGAGCUCUUAUUGCAAUAUAAACUUGUGUUAUUACUUGUUGCAUUUUGGUUAUUGCACUGAAGUAAAGUUUAUAUA